GAGAUCUCAUUAACUUCAGCACCUGGACAGCGACCGUCCCGGAAACCCUCAUUUCUGGUGAAACAAUGCGAGCAUUCAGUGGAACGAUAUUCCUCCAAGACACGCUUUGACAAACAAUGCGAAUUCCGAGACCUUUUCUUGCUGGCUAAUAUAGAAAGGUGGCUGUAUUGCGCACCUAUAUCUCGCAGAAACAGCGCCAGUCCCGAGGCUUCCCUUCCGUGCAGGGAGGGUGCGAGUGAAGGAAGGACAAAACGCCGCGGUUCUCUUUGUUUACAUCGGAAUAAAAGUGAGAAUGCGACGGAUUGUUGGACUGGAGCUGCCGCUGAUAUUGUGGAUAUGGAGUGUUUAUAUGAAGCUCAGCGCAGGAGCCCAGAGGUGUGAUGAGGUGUUGGCUUCACCCCUUCCCUACAGCGCCUUCACCAGCUCCUCCGUCUUGGCAGCGGAUUUUGGCGCUGGCUAUGCAAAACUCAACAGGAGAGUAGGGAAUGGAGGAUGGUCGCCGUUAGACUCCGACAGGUACCAGUGGCUACAGGUGGACCUCAGGGCCAGGAAACAGAUCACUGCCAUAGCAACACAGGGCAGAUACAGCAGCUCUGAUUGGACAAAACACUACAGGCUUCUUUACAGUGACACAGGAAGUAACUGGAAGUCGUAUCGGCAAGAUAGCAACAUAUGGACAUUUUCAGGUAACUGGAACUCAGAGCGGGCGGUGCGCCAUGAACUCCAGCACCCUUUCGUGGCCCGAUACGUGCGCUUCAUCCCCGUGGACUGGAGUGAGGAGGGGAGAAUUGGGCUGAGAGUGGAGCUCUAUGGCUGUGCUUACUGGGCGGAUGUGAUCAGCUUUGACGGCCAGGGAGUGAUUUCCUAUCGAUUUAGACAGAAAAAGAUGAAGAUCUUGAAGGACGUGAUAUCACUGAAGUUUAAGAGCACUAAGGGAGAUGGCGUUCUGCUGCACGGAGAGGGACAGCAGGGCGAUUACAUCACUCUAGAGCUUCGCCGAGCCAAACUACUGCUGCAGAUCAACCUGGGCAGUAAUCAGUACGGCUCCAUUCAGGGUCACACAUCGGUGUCUAGCGGCAGUCUGUUGGAUGACGACCACUGGCACUCUGUUCUGAUCGAACGCUACAGACGCAGCGUCAACUUCACACUCGACCAGCACACACAGAGCUUCCGCACCAAUGGAGAGUUUGACCAUCUGGACCUAGACUAUGAAAUUACAUUUGGAGGGAUGCCAGUGUCUGCCAAGCCCAGCUCAGGGGGCAGAGAGAACUACGUCGGCUGUAUGGAGGCCAUUCAUUACAACGGGGACAACAUCACUAACCUCGCGCGCAGGAGAAAAGUAGACACCUCCAGCUUCCAUAACCUGACGUUCUCCUGUGCGGAGUCCCACACGUUCCCCGCCUUCUUUAACUCCACCAGCUCCUUGCAGCUUCCGGGUCGGACUGAUGCGGACACGGUGUCGGUCCGACUGCAGUUUCGGACGUGGAACCCCAGCGGUCUGCUGUUCUUCACCCCGCUCAUGCCUGGAGGAGUGGAGGUCAGCCUGGUGGAGGGUAAAGUUACCGUCCACAUCUACGUCAGUCUGGGGAAAAACACACGCGUGGACAUAUCCUCAGGUUCUGGCCUUAAUGAUGGACAAUGGCACAGUGUUCACUUUCUGGCACUGGAAAGCAUAGCCAUGUUGACCAUCAAUGGAGAUGAGAUGUCCACAGUGAGAGCUGCUCUCCCUAUGCAGAUCAGGACUGGAGGAGAUUACUUUUUCGGAGGAUACUUCCCGCGGACAGACCUUUCUCCGUCACAGCGCUCAUUUCAGGGCUGCAUGCAGCUCAUACACGUCGACGACCAGUUGGUCGACCUGCAGUCUGUGGAGCAAGGCAUGCUGGGUAGCUUUGAGAACGUCAGUCUGGAUAUGUGUGCCAUCAUAGACAGAUGUGUGCCAAACCACUGUGAACACGGAGGCAAGUGCUCUCAAACUGGAGACACGUUUAAAUGUGCCUGUGAAGGCACUGGAUACUCUGGUGCCACCUGCCACAACUCUGUGUACGAGCAGUCCUGUGAGGAGUACAAACAAUUGGGUCGAAAUUCAGACACAUACUGGAUCGAUCCAGACGGCAGUGGACCCCUCGAGCCAUUCAGAGUCACCUGCAAUAUUAUGGAAGACAAAGUCUGGACAACCAUUGUGAAUGACCUUCCAGCUCAAAGCUCUGUGUCGGCGGGUUCCAGACCUGAAGACAAGACUGUGCUCACACUCAAUUACAGCAUGUCUGCUGAACAGGCGAACGCCGUCACCAGCAGCGCUGAGUUCUGCGAGCAGCAUGUGGCGUACAUGUGCUACAAAUCACGCCUGCUUAACUCACCAGAUGAUUCCCCGUCCACAUGGUGGGUCGGCAGGGGAAAUGAGAAGCACUUCUACUGGGGCGGCUCAGGACCAGGUGUGCAGAAAUGUGCCUGUGGCAUUGAACGCAACUGCACAGAUCCCAGAUACUAUUGCAACUGUGAUGCAGAUCUGAGACAGUGGAAAGAAGAUGCUGGCCUGUUGAUGUAUAAGGACCAUCUGCCUGUCAAUCAGGUGGUUGUUGGUGAUAUUUAUCGCUCUGGAUCUGAAGCCAGACUAACUGUUGGGCCUCUCCGAUGUCAGGGAGAUCGUCACUUCUGGAAUGCAGCGUCCUUCAACACUCCUGCAUCUUAUCUUCAUUUUCCCACCUUUCAAGCCGAGACCAGCGCAGACGUCUCUUUCUAUUUUAAGACUUCAGCCUCACAUGGUGUCUUUCUGGAAAACCUUGGCAAUCCAGAUUUUAUUCGCAUAGAACUCAAAUUUGCUACAGUGGUGUCAUUCUCAUUCGAUGUUGGCAAUGGGCCGGUGGAAUUAAACGUACGCUCAUCCACACCCCUUAAUGAUGACCAGUGGCACAGGGUGGAGGCGGAACGGAAUAUUAAAGAGGCAGUUUUGCGAUUGGACAAGGUGCAUAGAGAGGCGCGGUCGGCCCCACCUCAGGGCCACACCCGUCUGCAGCUCUUCAGCCAGCUGUUUGUAGGUGCCUCAGGUGGGCAGAGAGGAUUUCUGGGUUGCAUUCGUUCCCUAAAGGUCAACGGAGUGACGCUUGACCUUGAAGGGAGGGCAAAGGUCACACCGGGGGUGAAGCCUGGAUGCUCGGGUCACUGCAGCAGCUAUGGGAUGCAUUGCCAGAAUGGAGGGAAAUGUAUUGAGAAGUACAAUGGAUACUCAUGCGACUGCAGUCUGACCGCCUUUGAUGGGCCUUUCUGCAAUGAUGAUGUUGGAGGGUAUUUUGAGAGCGGGACCCUGGUACGGUACGACCUCAUGUCCGAGAGUAGUUCUUCUCCUCCAGCAAAGGAAGGCAGCUCUGGAGUCCUAAGCGCGGUGGGUAAUCUGACUCGUGAGGAGCUGAGCUUUAGUUUCAGUACGUCCCACACACCUGCAGUCCUCAUCUACAUCAGCUCCAAGACGCAGGACUACCUGGCCGUGGUGCUGCGGCACAAUGGUACUUUACAGAUCCGCUAUAACCUGGGAGGAUUGAGGGAGCCCUUUACAAUCAGCCUGAAUCAUCGUAAUAUGGCUAACGGUCAGCCUCAUAAUGUCAACAUCACCCGUCAGGACAGACUCAUUCAGCUGCAGGUGGAUCAUUAUCCCACAGUAGGCUACACUCUUCCUGAAGCCUCAGACACUGAGUUUAACCUUGUGAAGACCAUUUUCCUAGGCAAAGUUUUUGAAACAGGUCAGAUUGAUCCGGUGUUGAUAGAACGAUAUAACACCCCAGGAUUCGUGGGUUGUCUCUCCAGAGUCCAGUUCAACCGCAUUGCCCCGUUGAAGGCCGCCCUGAGGACCGGAGUGCCCUCCACAGCCUCCAUACAGGGAGUCCUGGUGGAAUCCAACUGCGGGGCGUCUCCACUCACAGUACCGCCAAUGUCUGCAGUCUUUGACCCCUGGCACCCAGAUUCAACCGGUGCCAGGUUCCCAUUCAAUGAGGAGCGAAUCAGCCGUGAUGGCGUCAACAGAGACUCUGCAAUAAUUGGAGGCAUCAUCGCAGUGGUGAUUUUCACCAUCCUCUGCACGCUGGUGUUCCUGGUGCGUCACAUGUUCCAUCACAAGGGCUCCUACCACACCAACGAGGCCAAAGGGGCGGAGUCUGCCGACUGUGCUGAUGCAGCCAUCAUCGUGAAUGACCCCGCCUUCACAGAGACCAUUGAUGAGAGCAAGAAGGAGUGGUUCAUUUAGCCACACCCCCUGGGCGGGGCUUCGUUCUCUGACAUGGCAUUGAGGAAUACAUUAAAAAGGUCAUACUGAGCUUUUCGAGUAGCCGAUGUGAAACGGACACUUGGCAAGACGUCUGUGCACUGACUGGCAUGUCUGUUCUGUAAUUAUUUUGUAUGUAAGUGAAUACGGCACAAGGACUUCUGUGAGAUCAAAUUCAUCCCAUGCACACAUGAUAACAGGCAUAUUCCAUGUGGGAUGACGACAGUAAAACAAAAACAACUGAUGCAUUUUUAUCAUUGCAAUACUGCUGGUCUGUUAACAAGUGUGUGUUCAGCAAUUACGAAUGCACUCCAAUAGCACAAUACGGAAUGUGUACAGAAUGAUGCAUAUUUAUGUUUCUGAUAAUGACAUUUGAUUGUAUUUAAACAUUUUGUUGUCAGCAUCUUCAGGACAAUAAUAUAUUGUAGCAUGGUAAUCAACGGCGUUCUGAAUCAUUCAUCAAUGUUAUCGCAGCACUUUUGUAUCUCAUGCUAAAUGUUCUUUAUAGUUAUCAGAAUUCAGUGUUAUUUAUCUGUUUCUCCAUUAAGUGCUUGUUCGAACUCUAUGGAAAACAUGGCAGGCCAUUUAGAGGGCUUUUAUAACGAGAUGCUCUUAAAAAACAUGAAAGCCCUAGAUUUUUAGUUCAGAUGUGUUCAGUAGUAAAUGAUCAUGAAUCAUUGCUCCAGUGUCUUUUAAUGUGCCUCAAAGGUUCAAGGUUUCUUCUGGCCAAGCAUGGAUUUUGUGAUAGAUUUGAUGACCCUUACAUGUUAAUAUAGGAGAAAGAUGACUUUUUCUGUGUGUUUUGCAGUUUAAUGCACUGCUCAUUCGAAAUCAGCAGCACAAAUUUAUGUACAAACCAUUUUUAAUAUCGUCUUAAUUGUGCUUGGUUAAGUCAUUUUUUAAUUUCUUAAAGAGAUAGUUCACCCAAAGAAUAAAAUUCUGUCAAUUACUCACCUUUGAGUUGUUCCAAACCUGUUUUGAAGAAUGUGGGUAUUUUCUUUCCAUACUAUAGAAGUCAAUGGGGGCCAACAAA